GUUCGUUGAGGGACUGUGAUCUAACAUACAAGCAUGACAGCGAGUGAAAGCGGAGUGCCCACGCUGGGUGGUGAUGAAUUUCGACAACAAACCCCGAAAGAAAUGAUAUUUUUCGUUCAUAAAUUAGUGGAGGUUGAAAGUAUAGAUGGCAAAAUACAUACAGGCUGGGUCCAUACUAUCGAUCCUGUGUCUAAGAGUAUUGUAUUGGUGCAGUUUUCUGAAGAUACAUCUAAUGAAUGUACAGUAGUCAUGGGACAUGCUGUGAAAACUGUCAGGAUAUCCAGUGAUGCUACAGAGCAUGAAGAUGAACUAGAGAGACUGUUCUCCAGAGAAACCAAAAUAACCUUUACUAAGGAGGAGAUACAAAGACGAAAAAUUGAUUUGAAAGACUGGCUUGAGAAGAAUCGACUACCAGUAACCAUGUCAGGUGACCAGGAAGAACUGUUAUCAGUAUCUGAUGCCUUGUUUAUACAACCUCCGUACACCUCAGAUAACUGUAUAAGUACUAACGAGAUAAUCCUUGGUCGGAUACAGGCUCUGAUAAAGUUAAAACCCAAAACAUGA